CAAAGUUAGAGAGAAAGAGAGAGAUGAUGCAGACUCCCUACAAUACUUCGAUGCAGGGGCAGUAUUGUCAUUCCUGCGGAAUGUUCCACCACCACAACCAAACCUGCUGCUACAACAACAACUUCAACGCUGGCUCUCACUCAACGGUGUUUUCCAUGCAAAACGGCGGCGUUUACGAGCCUAACGGUGAGGAUUAUCACUCCUCCUCCAUCGUUGACUGCACUCUCUCUCUUGGAACUCCUUCCACGCGUCUUUGCGAGGAGGAUGAGAAACGCAGACGCUCUACACCCUCUGGUGCGCCUUCUUGCAUCUCCAACUUCUGGGACUUGCUUCAAACCAAAAACAACAACAACUCUAAAAUGGCGCCGUCUAGUAACGUCCCUUCUUUCUCCACUGCUAAUCCCAUCAAACCAACACGCGGUUGCUCUGGUGGUAGUGGCGGUGGCGAGUCUCUUCUUGCCAGGCGAUGUGCCAACUGUGAUACCACUUCUACUCCACUAUGGAGAAAUGGUCCUAGAGGCCCUAAGUCCCUAUGCAACGCAUGCGGCAUUCGUUUCAAGAAGGAAGAGAGAAGAACUACGGCGGCUUCAGUGAACGCCGGAGGAGGAGGUACACCGGUAGCAGUUGAUCAGUACGGCCAUCAGAACGCCGGCUACAAUAAUUACAACAAUGGUAAUUCGUGGGCUCACCACACGGCGCAGAGGGUCCCAUGCAAUUAUCCGGCAAACGAGAUAAGGUUCAUGGAUGAUUACGGCAGUUCUGGAGCUAACAACUGUGAUUCUGACGGUGGUCACGGCGGCGUACCGUUUCUUUCGUGGAGGCUCAAUGUGGCGGAUAGGGCAAGUCUUGUCCAUGACUUCACCAGAUAAAAAAGGAAAGAGAAAUUGACGUUUAGAUUUUAAAUAUUUCUCCAUGUGGUUUUAUUAUAUUAUGUCUAAUUUAAAAAAGAAGAAAAUGUUUGGAAAAAAAGAUAGUAGAAGUCAUGAUGUUAAUGGCAUUGAAAGCGACGGUCUAACUUGUGGUUUAUCU